AUGACGCAAACCGUUUCUGGCUACUCUGUCGGCAUCGACCUCGGCACGACGUACUCGUGCGUCGGCGUGUGGCAGAACGACCGCGUGGAGAUCAUCGCUAACGACCAGGGCAACCGCACGACGCCGUCGUACGUGGCGUUCACGGACACGGAGCGUCUGAUCGGCGACGCGGCCAAGAACCAAGUGGCGAUGAACGCGCACAACACGGUGUUCGACGCCAAGCGCCUGAUUGGGCGCAAGUUCUCGGACCCGGUCGUGCAGGCCGACGUGAAGCACUGGCCGUUCAAGCUGACGUCGGGCGCCGGCGACAAGCCGCAGAUCACGGUGCAGUUCAAGGGCGAGUCGAAGACGUUCCAGCCCGAGGAGAUUUCGUCCAUGGUGCUCAUCAAGAUGCGCGAAGUGGCCGAGGCGUUCAUCGGCAAAGAGGUGAAGAACGCGGUGAUUACUGUGCCGGCCUACUUUAACGACUCGCAGCGCCAGGCGACGAAAGACGCCGGCGCCAUUGCCGGCCUCAACGUGCUCCGGAUCAUCAACGAGCCGACGGCGGCGGCCAUCGCCUACGGUCUGGACAAGAAGGGCGGCGAGCGCAACGUGCUGAUCUUUGACUUGGGCGGCGGCACGUUCGACGUGUCGCUGCUGAGCAUUGAGGACGGCAUCUUUGAGGUGAAGGCGACGGCGGGCGACACGCACUUGGGCGGCGAGGACUUUGACAACCGCCUCGUGGACCACUUUACGCAGGAGUUCAAGCGCAAGCACCGCAAGGACAUUACCGAGAACCAGCGCGCGCUGCGUCGGUUGCGCACGGCGUGCGAGCGCGCGAAGCGGACGCUGUCGUCGUCGGCGCAGGCGUACAUUGAGAUCGACUCGCUGUUCGACGGCAUUGACUUCAACUCGACCAUCACGCGCGCGCGGUUCGAAGACAUGUGCGGCGACUACUUCCGCAAGACGAUGGAGCCGGUGGAGAAGGUGCUGCGCGACGCGAAGCUGUCGAAGAGUCAGGUGCACGAGGUGGUGCUCGUGGGCGGCUCGACGCGCAUCCCGAAGGUGCAGCAGCUGCUGUCGGACUUUUUCAACGGCAAAGAGCCCAACAAGUCGAUCAACCCGGACGAGGCGGUCGCGUACGGCGCGACGGUGCAGGCGGCCAUCCUGAGCGGCAACGACUCGUCCGAGAAGCUGCAGGACCUGUUGCUGCUGGACGUGACGCCGCUGUCGCUCGGUCUCGAGACGGCGGGCGGCGUCAUGACGACGCUGAUUGCGCGCAACACGACGGUGCCGACGAAGAAGUCGCAGACGUUCUCGACGUACGCGGACAACCAGCCGGGCGUGCUGAUCCAGGUGUUUGAAGGCGAGCGGUCGAUGACGCGCGACAACAAUCUGCUGGGCAAGUUCAACUUGGACGGCAUUCCGCCCAUGCCCCGCGGCGUGCCGCAGAUCGACGUGACGUUCGACAUUGACGCGAACGGCAUUCUGAACGUGUCGGCCGUGGAGAAGUCGACGGGGAAGGAGAACAAGAUCACGAUCACGAACGACAAGGGCCGUCUGUCGCAGGCGGACAUUGACCGCAUGGUGUCGGAGGCCGAGAAGUACAAGUCGGAGGACGAGGCGAACAAGAUCCGCAUUGAAGCGAAGAACGCGCUGGAGAACUACGCGUACAACUUGCGCAACACGCUGAACGACGAGAAGCUGAAGGAUCAGAUCUCGGAGGACGACAAGAAGGCGAUCGAGGACAAGGUGACGGAGACGAUCAACUGGCUCGACGCGAACCAGUCGGCCGAGAAGGAGGAGUACGAGGCCAAGCAGAAGGAGGUCGAGGGCGUGGCCAACCCGAUCUUGCAGAAGAUGUACGCUGCGGCGGGUGGCGCUCCUGGAGCCGGUGGUAUGCCUGGCGGUAUGCCCGGUGGUAUGCCCGGUGGUAUGCCCGGUGGUAUGCCAGGGGCCGGUGCCCCGCCUGCUGGAGGUGCAGACCAGGGUCCCAAGAUCGAAGAGGUGGAUUGA